GAACUCAACCUACUAAUGAGCAUUUUAUUACCUGUAGCUGCAAAUUCUCACCUCUUUCUCUUCUUGAAAUUUUCAUACUCAAAGCAUCUCUAUACAACAUUAGGGAUUCGCCCGGAGAGGAUUGGCAUCACCGCACGCGCUUCCAUUGCUUCACAGUCGAAGUAUGGCUCCCCAUUUAGCUAUGGCGGGGGAUAAGACCCUCGUCGAGACCAACGCAAAUCCCGAACCGGCAACUCAAGGGGAAGAGUCUCGGCCUACACCCGUUGAGUAUGACAUCGAGAGAGUAGAGCAAGUUUACAGGAAACUAGACCGUCGCAUUAUUCCAGCAUUCUGGAUCCUAUAUUUUAUUUGCUCCGCUAUUCGCUCUAAUAUCGGGUUGGCGCAGACAAUGAACGCAAAUGUUGGCCAUGACUUGAUCACAAUGCUAAACCUCUCGUCCAAUGAUGUUUCUACCGCGUUAGCCCUUUUCUACGUCUCCUAUGUCAUCUUCGAUUGCCCUUCAAACCUCAUCAUGAGUAGGCUUAGCCCUCGAGUAUGGAUGGCUAGGAUUGUCUUUGCUGUGGGUGUGAUAGGAGCUUGCUUUACCGCCGUCAGGGCUGCUUGGAGUCUGAAGCUACUGCGCUUCCUGCUUGGUGUCGUUAUUGCUGGUAUGUGGCCUGGCAUGUCCUAUUACCUGACCUUGUUCUAUCCCCCUUCUCGCACGGGCAAACGAAUUGGACAGUAUUUCACCGCUGCGCAGGUAUCAGCCGCAGUGGUUGGCCUAGUCUCUGCGGGGUUCCAGCUCAUGGAUGGCAGAGGCGGGCUCGUCGGGUUCCAAUGGAUGUUUCUUAUCUACGGACUUCUUGCCAUUGUACUCGGUUGGACCUUACUUUGGUGGUUGCCUGAACGUCCACUGCCACCGGGUGUAAAGAGAGAACGCUCCGGUUUCAUGAAGUGGCUUCCCCCCACCCCUGAAGCUUUGACGGGUGAAGAUGCUCUAGUUCAUUACGAAGAUCUCAAGCGAGUUUAUCACCCAAGGCCUUGGAUUCUCAAAGACUUGGGAUACGUCCUUAUCGACUGGAGACUUUGGCCAUUGACUCUCAUGUAUUUCGGUGUUGUUGGAGUCGGUAUCGGCACACAACUCUAUGGUACGGUGAUCAUUCGCGGUAUUAACUCGUCAUUCACCGGCGUGCAACUUAGUCUCCUCUUCGCACCUAUCUGGAUUAUGGAUCUUAUUGCGAUUUUGCUUGUCACCCCGGUUUCGGACCGUUUCCAUCGCCUCCGCCCAUUAUUCUUCUCAUGCGCUGUAUGCAUCCAGAUUGCCGGUCUCCUUACCGUGACCUUCGCUCCCACCUCGAAUCCUUGGGCGAGGUACGGGGGACUUUUGAUGGUUGGUUUCGGACUAGGUCCAACAGUACCUAUCUGUAUGACCUGGACCAAUGAAAUCUUCCAACAACGCCACGGAGAAGUCGGUGUCGCUGCUGCAUCAGCAUUAGUAUCGGGCCUAGGGAAUCUCGGUAGCAUUACGACGACGUAUGCUUUAUACACGGGUUGGCCGGCCGAUGCUGUUGCUGGACCUCAUCAAUACCGUCGAAGUAAUUUGGUUAUGAUUGGCAUCCUUUGCGUGAGCAUUCUUAGCAGCAUUGUCAUGUUUGUUGCGCUGAAGGUCGUCGGCAAUAAACCUAGCCAGAAAAUUAGCAGCGGCGGAAGCUCCAUGAUCGACGGGGCAGACGAAUUCCAAGACGGUGCGGCUCGUCGAGAGCUCCAGCAACGCGGCUUCGGUCGUAUGUGGUGGAGCAAGAGGACGUAGGGUCUAGCCUGGAAAUCACCACAGUGAUGGCCCGCCGUGAUUUUCAACAAUCGAGCAAUGCGCCAUAGAGUGGACGUCCUCUCCUCACAGAAAUCCAGGACAGUUCAACCUGUCGCCUUUUUUUCGCCAUUCCCUU